AUGCAGCGGUUGCGUCAUCGCUGCAACCUUGUUUUCCGACACUUGACAAGCUGCUUCACCGAGAACGGAUAUUGCUCUUAUGCUCCGGACCGUACGCGUGGAUGUUUGGAAAAGUCCCCGAGGCGGCGAGGCAAUCGAUGGCCGACGGCUCGAUGGAACGGUGUGCGUGGGCGGCCGAACAUGGGCUGCCAGACUUGCAAGCCGCUCGUCGCAGAAGCCGCGCCAAGGGCCAUCCAUCUGCCGAGUCUCGAUCGACACGCCUCCAAUCCCUACCUCGACCUCUACGUCGAGUCCUCCAAUCCUUUUGGUCGGUUUCCUUUUCGACAUGAAUUCAGUCUUAUGGCCCGUGACUGCAAAUGGGUUCCCACGCCUAGAUUUCAAAAUUUAUUCAGUCAUGUGUUCAAAGUUCUGCCAAUGAUAGGCGAAGGUUUGAAUGAAUGUCCGUUUUUUCUAAAACGAAAUUUUUGCAAAUUCCUGUUCUUAAUUUUGCUGGAGUUUUUAUAGCGGACAGAAAUAUGUAUCAAACAUUUACACUUUAAAAAUUACAUGUCGAUCAGAGUCGAGAGUUAUCCGAAGAAGAAAUCGUCAGAAUUUCCUCGUUGCAGUGCAAAAAUGGAUUUAUAACUCCUGCAAUUAUCACUACCGUCUUAAAUUUAAAGUAAACAAAAUAGAAGAUAUAGAGAAAUAAAAAAAGAAAAAGGAGAUCAUUGAUGAAUGACAUGAUGGAGAGGUCGGAGGAAAGGAUAAAAACAAGUUAUGAUCAGAGGUUGAGCGAAAUAUAUGCAGUACCUCCUCUUUUUGCUGUUUCUAAUUUUUUCUUUUUGGUUUGGGAAUAUAAAAUCUUUUUGAUGAAAUGAAGUUUUGGUGUGGCAAGUAAAUUUUGAUUAUCUAAAAACUUUAAUUUUUUUUUUUGUUUAGUUCGGUCAACAAAAACGAUAACUGUGAAAGAGGGGAAUGUUUGAUCAGAAAAAUCUUUUCGUUAUCAGUUGCCUAAACUCCCGAUCCGCAUCAUGAAAAAUAAGAAUAAACGAAUGGACACUUUUUCACAUAAUUGAAAUAUCGCCCACGUAAUUUCUAGAAUUGUGACGUGCAAAGUGAUAUCCGCACAACAACAAAAACUACGCUAUUUUCCCAUGAUAGGAAUGAUUCAUCGAAAUAGUUUCACAAUAACUUUUUUCCUCAGAAAAAAUAACAUUCAUGUGGAUGUUUGUUUGAACUUCUCAAAGACAUAACAGAAGUUUUCUCAGGAAGCUGACGGUUUUUUGGUUUUCUUCUGAUGGCAUUUCCAAGCGAGCAGACGCUUUUGAUUGCGAUUUCCGAUAAGAAAUGAGUGAUAAGAUGGAAAGAACGGAGCAGAGGCGGAAUGGUUCGAAGAAUGCCCUCUGCCACCAUUGUUUCCAUCGACAGAGAGCAUUUCCCCUCGCCUGUUUCCGACGGCAUUCUCAUGUCCGCGACUUCCGGUCAUCCCUCGGUCGACGCGACGCUCCCUGCAGACUGCGUUCCUAUUCAGAAAGUGGCUUCUUCUCCCGGCCUAGACAGCAUCGUUGAGCUUCGUGAGCCUUCGCCCACGCCGAAAGAAGAACCGGCAUUUCUGAAGAACUGUUCAAGCGAGGCAGAUUUAGAAAUUCCUUCGAUCAUUGUUUGGUCGCCAUCUACCGACGCUAUCAGCAGUUCGGAAGUUCUUCUUCCUAAUGUACAAGACCAAAAUACUCGAAACGCUUCUGAGUGCGAUUUUGAGGUAGUUGAUCAGGCUAUGAACGUCGAAAAUGGUACUGAAACUGAAACGGACUCAACUUCUUCGGGGGAACUAGUUGUGAUGUGCAGCUCGGAACCUCUUGCAAGAGAGGAUGUGUUGGAAUCAGCUGGAAACGACAACUGUGAACUGCUGGAGGAUAAGAAAGUGUCUUUCUCAGAGGAAACUGCAGCAAUAUGCUCUUUUGGUUCACUUUCUAAAGAAAAAGAGCUAGAUUACGGGCCUCUGAAAAAUCCAAAUCAAAACAAUGACUGUGCGCCUGUUCCGCCAAAAAAUGACGAAAUAGUCGAUACGAAUUCGCCCACGACUGUCAUUUCUAAGCACUUAGAGGAGAUCGAUAUGACUGAUUGUGAUCAGCCGGCUCCGCCCGAUUCAGCACAAGCCGAGGAGGCAGUGGCCCAGGCAGUCGCCGCCAUUUCUCCUCCGUCGCCGACGCCGCCGCCAAGGCGUUUGUCUCAAGUCGUGAUCCGUCCGCCGCCAAGAAAGAUGUCCAGUGCUCACAACUCUUCGGCUUCGUUGGUUUCGUCGCAAGCGAGUCUCUUCUCGCCCGUCGCCAAGUCGCGUCUUUCAUUCGCUACCUUGCCUCGUCGCGCUCUCCCUCCUACUAAAGGUUUAUUUUUUAUUUUAUUUGUAAGUAAUAUAACGCAUCUCUAAAGCAUCAUUAAACUUGCUGAAACUGAGAUUCGAAAUUGGUCAUACAACUUUUUUUUUUCAAGUCCCCAUCCGAUAACGUAUUCCAGAGAUAUCAACUGAUUUUUCAAAAAUAGUAUGUACAGUGAAUAAUCCUGUAUCAGACAAGACUAUGACACGAUAUAGCUUUUGCAGGCUGAUUCUUAAUCUAAGUUCAAAAAUAUCCUCGAAAACGGUAGAAAAAUAUAUAACAUCAACUCCAUAUAGAAAAACUGAAGCAAAGAUCAAUUUUUCGUUUGACUUCAUGCAGUAGCCCAAAACGAUCCCCACAAUAUCAAAAUUUCUCAAUAUCUUCGAUUUUUAAUUUGAGCGGCUUCAAUUAUUUCACACGUGUCUGUGGAAACUAUCAAGAGCAAAUCUAAAUUCUGAAAAAACUUUCCCUGAUGCAAGCACCUGCUUCCUUUUUCUUUCCAACCCUCCCUCUAUGACUAGACUCCAGACCAUUUGAAAUAUGCGUCAUUGGACUGCGCAUUAAAAGUCCACCGGCUCGCAAGCUACUUACUCCUAGAUAGCCAUUUUUCUGAGCUGAUAAGUCUUUUUGCUGUCAAUCUUUCCACACUUGAUAACGCAUCGUUCGCAAGGUUUUUGUACACUAUUUUGUGUGCACAGAGCAGAGUCUGUUUGCCAAUAGUUAGUAGUUGCAUGCAGUCGUAGAUUUCUUUCCUUUCGCUCGAGCGCCGCUGUAUACAUGACACUAGGUUUGAGUUUGUUCUUUUUAUUGUAAGACCUAAAGAAAUAAAUUGAACCAAUCUUGGAAAAAUGAGGAAUGUUAUUCCAGAAAAUCAUUACUGUAAUUUACUUUUCUUUCUUGCAUGUGCUUGCGUAUUUUAGCCUACUGUAAACAAUUUUUUGAAAAUUAAUUGUCGAUAAUUAAAUUCCGGAUUUUCCCUCAAGAAAGACGUCCGUUUCCGCAUCAUACUUCUAUUUUCAUCACAAUGUUCACUUACCGAACAGGUUUUUUUUGUUGUAGCCAUGGAAACUAUACGAUGAAUGUCUAGGAAGAGCUAUAGCUCAAAAUCUCUAUAAAUAAGACAAACGUUUGUCAAACAACUUUCUUUGAAUUCCAAAAUUAAACUGUUAAGUUCCAAUCGAACUACUGCAUUUUGUGUCCCUUUAAAGGAGCUUUCAUCAUGUUGCCUUUCAGUGAUAAAUUUUGCAGAAAGUUUAGCGGCGCAACGUGUCACAGACAAACAAUUCAGUUGAAGCUUUGAUAACUUAUUUAGUUGAGAUUUCAGCACGUCUUCUUUUUUGAUCGAUAGUAGAGCAGUUGGCGCGCGAGUUUGUCCUCGUUAUAAACUUUGAGUUCACAUUUCGUUCAGCUAUUGACCCACUAUUCUUUUCGCUUUCGCUUUAUUGCAGCUUCAGUGGUGGCUUCCCACAAACAGGGAAAUAAAAUAUUGUUAAAUUUAUUUUAAUUCCUAAUUUUUCUUUUCCAUGUCUGAAAAUAAGUAGUCAUCUGCUUCGAAAUACCCCAUUAAUUCGAAAAAAAAACAUUUUGUCUAAAUCGGUCAAAUGAUAAAGUUGUGAUAUAUUCAAUUUUACCAAAGCUUUUAUUUUUAGGAAUUUUAACAAAUAGGAAGGCUGUUUAGAUAAUCAAGAAAUUGUACUAAUGAUUUUCGGUUUUUGCACAAGACGUCUGGUUCACUCUUGUUCUCGUCCCUUGAGGGGCGGGAUUCUGCGGCCGUAUGAAUUCCGUCGGACCUCGGCCUAGACGAUUGCGUGUUCCACCGCAAUUUUUGCGGCUAAAAAAUCGAUUCAAUCCUUGUUGAUCCUAGCCAAUUUGAUGUUCCAAAAGUAUCCAGAGUUAUAUCUUGGAAUAAUUUAAAAUCACUUUUGUUUUCAGAUAAGAUUUGUAGAAAUAUACUCAAAUCGGAGAAAUCAAAGUAUAAUCAGGUCAGAGAAAUUGAUUUGUGUGCUGUUUUUCUCGUGAGAAAUCGAAUUAUAUAUGUUAACUCUUCGCCCCCAAGUUUCCCAUUCUUCCUACUUUUCAAUGAAAAAGGAUGAGUCAUAAACCUUUCUUUCUGAUGGAAUUCAUCUAUUAUUGCUUGGGUGCACGUCCCUUCGAUGCUCCAAACAUUUUGGAAACGAAACCAAGAAGCAAAGCGAUUUGAAGCUUUCUUUCUCAGGAAAGUGCAAUAGAGCUGCCUUUCACUGUUGGUUGACCGUGUUUUCUCUGAUUUAUGGGCCGAACGCUCUCAUCGAUCUGUCGGAAACGGCCUCCAGUUCGAUCUCCAGCCUCUUUUUGUUCAUGUUCAAUAGCCAACUCGUUGAUUUGUGCGCAAACUAUUUCCUUUUCUCUAUGAGUCAUCGCGUCGCCCGAAUUUCGCAACGACCCGAAAAAAACUGUGUAUAUAUAACAAAAUAGAAAGCUCUUUUGAUUUUCGUUUCUUUCAAAACUUUUCUGUCGAAAUCGCCAGCGUCUUUUUUGUUUUGUUUCCAUUUGAAUGAGUGACGUAUUCUCAUUUCAAAUGGUUUCGAUUGUAAUUUUCGUUCGAAAAACUUCUAUCGCUUGAAAGUGAAACUCGCUUUGCGGAAAACGAGAAAAUUAAAUACAAUUAGAAAGUUCGUUUGACUUCUCGCUUAUUAUCGUUUCAAAAUAUUCAUGAAUGGAAUGAAUGCAUUUUCCCGUAUAGCUUUAUUGAUGUUAAUAGCUGAUAAAAUAAAUCCAAAAAAAAAAAAUGUUCUUCACACGUAUAAUAAAAACUAAAUUGUGUCUCUGUCCAUUAUAUUUUGCAAAUUCAGAGGAAGGCCGUAAAAAGAAAUCACGCAGCAUGUUCAGUUGGCUUGGCGGGGAUUCUUCUAAAAAGAAGAACAAGGAGGUUUUUUUUCAUUCAUUUUUUUUUCCUUCUUUCAAAAGGUCUUUUCUAGGUCUUGGAGUCAGUGAGCGAAGGACUUCGUAAAAUCUACAAGCAGAAGCUUCAUCCGCUCGAAGAUUUCUACAAGUUUCACGAUUUCCACAGUCCAGCUCUCGGUAAAAGCGUUUUUGGUUCAUUUUUCCAGCGAUAGAUAUGAAAUUUGAGAAGUAAACGUAAUCGAAACCACCACGGUUCUCGUCGUUCUGUGUUUUUUGUUUAUAUUUCGAAAAGUAAAUUGCAGAUGAUCCUGAUUUUGACGCCAAACCGAUGAUUCUGCUCGUCGGACAGUACUCUACGGGAAAAACGACUUUCAUCCGUUAUUUGCUUGAAAGCGUGAGGGGGAAAAGACAGAGAAUAGGAAGGACCUCUCUUUUAGGACUUUCCGGGCAUUCGGAUUGGUCCAGAGCCGACAACAGAUCGUUUCAUAGCUGUGAUGCACGGAGAAGAGGAAGGAAUCGUUCCAGGAAAUGCUCUCGUCGUCGACGCCAAGAAACAGUUCCGCGCUCUCAGCGGGUUCCUUUUUCUUUCUACCUGAACAACUUGUUUUUCAUGUUCAUCAUAAUUUUUUCUGACAUUUUCAUACAAAGAGGAGAAAUUACUAAAGUUCAUGCAGAAAGCUUUUUCCAUUGUUGACCCGAAGUUCGACUUCAAACACUGCAGAAUAAUCAGAUUGAAUAGACCCUGUCAAAUAUUUAUCAAGCAAGUCUUCUAAUUAUUCUCAGAUCUAGCAGAAAGUAUUUCAGUACUCUAAUUUAUCAUUUUUUGAACUUGGUCCCGAAUAAUCACCAAAUUUGAUAGUUACAACUUCCAUUUAAAUUUUUAAAAAACGACAACAAUUGAUGACUAUUUUUUUUCCUUUUUUUUUGAUAGCUUUUCUUUCUUUAGAUGAGAAAGUGAUUCAGACAUUCAAAAUCUAAAAUCUAAAUUAAAUUUGAGAAACAGAAGAAGUUACAAAAAGGUUUCACUUCGGAAAAGUGGAUUAAAAUGAAUGUUUCAGAUUCGGAAACGCGUUCCUGAACCGCUUCCAGUGCUCGACACUCAACAACCAGGUGCUCGAAAGCGUCACAAUCGUCGACACUCCUGGAAUUCUUUCCGGAGAAAAGCAGAGGUGCGCUUUUCUCACAUUUCUUGGCCCGAAAAAAGCUUUCAUUUCAACUUUAGUUCUCCACAAAACGAGCCUUAUUCUCGAACUCUCAAGAAAGGGUAAACUUUUUGUGUGGAGCUUCUCAAAUCUGACUGUUUGAACCGAUUUUCCUUAAAAAAAACUGAAAGCGAAGUAUCUAACUUUUGGCUUGAGAAUAUAUUUUUGGUUGUUUUCACAACUUUCUAAUGAUGUGCUUUGAAUUGAAUUUUAUCUAAAAUUUACUAAAAAUGAUAUGUUAAUAAUAAUAUAUUCAUGAAAAACGAUUAAAAUUUCUUGAAACUGUUGAAAACUUUUUCAUACAUAGAUGCAUACAUAGAUACAAAGUGCAAGAUAUCUGAAUAUAAAAAGAGAACUUUGAUAUUUUAGCAAGUUUCUCACAACUUGAAAAAUACAAGUAGAAAGCUCAAAAAAUGAGAAAAAAUAAUCGGAUCAAAAGUUACAACAGAAGCUUCUAUCAAAUUUAGGUCACCGAUUUUUUUCAAACUUCAAUGUACCUAGAGAUUACUGAAUGCUUUACCUUAUAGAAAAAAAAGCAAAUUCAAAAAAUUUUCACAAUAAAAACUCGAUUCUGUGAUUAUAAACUACGAAGAGAUCUAGCUGACAAUUGAAAUUAUUUGAAAGGUUGGAACUUCCGAUUCAUUGCCAUUUUUUUGAAAUGUUUUUAGUUUUUUUGAUUUCGCACAUCAUAAACCCUAAAUAACUCUACCAACGAUUUUUGGGGUAUCGUUGUUGGUUCAGAAUCGACCGUGGAUACGACUUCACGGGAGUUUUGGAAUGGUUCGCCGAGCGCGUCGACCGCAUCAUUCUGCUCUUCGACGCUCACAAACUCGACAUCUCCGACGAAUUCAAAAGAUGCAUCGAGGCUCUUUCUGGUACGAUCCUUUUUUCGAAUGAUCUUUCAAAAUACAACCUAAGUAAAUGAAAAAGAUUGUUUCCAGGUAACGAGGACAAGAUCAGAAUCGUUUUGAACAAGAGUGACAUGGUCGAUCAUCAGCAGCUGAUGCGUGUUUAUGGAGCUCUCAUGUGGUCACUCGGGAAGGUAAUUGAACAGAAAACAUAGGAAAGAUAACUCUUUGGCUAUUCUCAUUUCUCGAUUUUUCAUCCAGGAAUUGUUCUCGAAGUUAAAAUAUUGCGGGACGCAAAAAGAAAUUUCAAUGAGCUGUUUUACAUUUACCCUGAAGGGAUAAUAAGUGAAGAACGGAAAUUUUCAGGUUUUCAAAACGCCCGAAGUUUCGCGCGUAUACAUCGGCUCUUUCUGGGAUCACCCACUUCAUUACGAUAUCAACAGGUAUAUAUUUUUCUCAUUUUUUUUUUGCCUGUGGAGAUUGAAGAAAAUAACGAUCUGAAAUGAUAUCUUAUUCAAAAUGAGGAGUGUUAUGAAGAGAAAGGGAGAUUUGAAAUAUUAAUCAAUGAGGAAGAAGUCCCUACUAAGCACUAAUUGAAUUGAAGAGUUGGAUUGAAUCUUCAUUAUAUGAUAAAAAGUCUCAUUUUCCAGGCGGCUGUUCCAAGACGAGCAACACGACCUGUUCCAAGACCUGCAGGCCCUUCCGCGCAACGCCGCUCUCCGCAAACUGAACGACCUGAUCAAGAGGGCGCGGCUCGCCAAAGUCCACGCGUUCAUCAUCGCCGAGCUGCGCAAGCAGAUGCCGUCGAUGAUCGGCAAGGACAAGAAGAAGAAGGAGUUGAUCCAGAACCUCGACAAGAUCUUCGAGCAGAUCCAAAGGGAGCACAACAUUUCGCCUGGUGACUUCCCGGAUGUCAACAAGAUGCGCGAGAAGCUCCAGAAUCAGGUAAUCGCUUUCCUUGAACUGCGAAGAACUCACCUCCGUCCUCUCAGGACUUCACGAAGUUCAACAUCAUCAAGCCCAAGUUGUUGGAAGUCGUCGAUGGAAUGUUGGCUACAGAUAUUGGUGAGCUUCUGUGGAUGAUAAAAAUAAAACUGUGUUUGAUUUUUCUGGAAAAGGCUUUUUUAUAAUUCUUUUCACGAACAUCUAGACUCUUAUUUAUGAAUAUAUUCCUAUCACGGUGGCUUGGACUGUAAAAAACUACAAACCUCUUAUUUACGGUUUUGCUGAUCAUGUGAAAAAAAAACUAUAAAAUUUCGGCUUUGAACGGCUUGUAUAACUUAUGACAAAUUCAUAGAUUGAGUUCAAUCUUCCUGAUUUUUAAUGUUCGUUGAGCAUUCAUACUUUUUUUUUAAAUUCUCAAUGACGUCAGAUUUUUUUUUCGAAACAACCCGGCAAAAAAAGUUUCAAAUUUUUUGAAUUUCAGCGCGUCUGAUGUCGCAAAUUCCGAAGGAAGAGGCGAUGUCGCUCGGCGCGGCGUCCAACGGAGGCGUUAUCGCGGAGCAGCCGACCGUCAAGGGCGGCGCGUUCAGUCAGGCACAGGAGGCCGAGACUCCGUUCGGCUUCGGAAAGGUUCGAAAAACCUUGUUUUUUCGUUUUCUCGUCGCAUUUCAUUUCUUUGCCUUUUUAGUUCAACUAUCAUUGGGUGAGCGGUUAUGCCGGGUUUGCAUUUCAAUUUUUUACCCUCUAAGCAACCUCUCUUCCUUUUGCUUUCGUGUCAUUGGGACAAUUUUAGAUGCUAAAAAAGGAACUUCUGUAACCAUCUUUCCUACCCUAACCACCGAAAGUUCUGAAAAAGCUUUUGUAAUUACUCAAAGCCAACGUCUAAAAUUUUCACAUUAACCAACAAAAAAGUUUUUUCUUAUGAAAAUAUUUGGUCUGUACUAAUCACUAGCAAAAGUUUUUAAAUGCCAGUUCUCCCAUGCAUCAAAUCUUACUCGCUUCUUUUUUUGUGAUUAUAUGAAUUAAAAAUGGAAGCCUUGAAGCCAUCCGUGGUGGAUUGCAGAAUUUUUUUUUUCAUGUUCUUUCCGUUUUGCGAUGGUUUGAAUCAUUCGAAAGGCAGUGUUAUGUUUUUUGCAGUUUUUCCAUGCCUGACUCCUUUCUAAAGUUAAAAAUAUCAUCUUUCCUCGUAAUACCAACCUUGCCGAACAGUUUGAUCUGUUUGAAAGCCUUCCUUUACACACCUCAGAGCAGUUGGAUUCAAUUAGAAUUUUUUCCCAUUUUCCCCAAAAAAUGAACCAUUUUACCUGUUAACCUCAUUCCUCUGCAAAAUAUUAAUCCUGUGUGAUCCGUUUUGUGAAGAAAAAAUAGGAACUGUGGGUUUUCAGGGAGAAGGUUUUGACAAGGGCGCCGACGAGAACGAAUGGGUAGUGAGCCGCGAAAGAAAACAAGCCGACACGACCUUCGACAGUCUCGGGCCGAUCAACGGAUUCGUCAGCGGUAUUAAUUUCCUCAGAAAAUUCGAAAUUUACUGAGAACUUCAGGACGUGCGGCAAAAGAUCACAUGGUGAAGUCGAAGCUGCCGAACUCGGUGCUCGGAAAGAUCUGGAAACUCGCCGACGUCGACAAGGACGGUCAGCUCGACGCCGACGAGUUUGCUCUCGCCAACUAUCUAAUCAAUCUCAAACUCGAAGGUAUUGAAUUGAGGAUCUUAUGUAAACUUUUAAAUGGUUGAAAGUUGUUUCCAAUCAAAAAGAGGAGGAAAAUUGAGAGAGUUAUACCCUUGAAAUAGUUUAGAAACUCAUCUCAAAGUCUGAAGAUUGUUUUUUGCAUGUCAAUUAUUAAAAAAAUGCAUAUAUAAAAUAAUCAUUCAUCUUCACGGAGGCUUGAAAAGAGCGCUCGAGAUACACUUUUCGCAAUAUUUAAGCUAUUACGAAAGUCGGAGCCUUUUCAAACUUUAGCCAUAAGUUAGAACCUAUAUGAAAAGUUCCUCUUAAGCCAUGAAACGUUAAGCGCCAGGAAAAUGAUCUGAAAUUUAUUCAUGGAGUACUUCCAUGUGUGCUCUACAGACUGAAAACGUUUGAAAGUUCAACUUCGAAAUAUUCGACAAAUCUCAUUGAAUCUAUUUAAAUGGCAAAAAGAAGAAAGAAAAAUUAGAAAUGUUUCACUUGAUGUUAAAAGCUCAAUUUUUCGCUCUUUUUUUUUUUGGCAAAUGGAAGUAUUUAUAUAGGUUUCUUGGAAACCGAAGCUGAAUUCUCACUGUCCGUCUUUUCUGGAUUACUGUAUUUCAGGACACGAGCUUCCCGCGGAUUUGCCCAAACACUUGGUGCCGCCGUCGAAACGCGACCAAGAGACCGUGUACCCGUCUCUCGGCGACGAUGAGUAA